AUGAAUUUGUCUACAUAUGAGCAUGCGUUGUCAUUGUGGAAAGAAGCUGGCUUCAGCAGUAUACAAUCGUUACUUGAUGAUAGCAUAGCUAAGAUAAAGGAUUUAGAAACUUCAUCCUUGGAAUCAAGAAAAACGUUAGCCAGUGAGACCAAGAAGUACAAGAAAUUGCCAGAUGAUGAGAAACCUAGCCAAUCUUUGAAAUUAGUGAAAGAAUACCAGAAGGAGAUUGAUUCGUUGACUACCAGAUCAACGUUCUCCGAAAAGGUUGUUAUCGAAUUAUAUGAGAAGUUAAUUGAACAACCGGACCCAACAGGGAUCCUAGAGUCUAUUGUAGAGGAACUGAAGAAAGAUGGCACAAAUGUCGAUGAUAUCAAAGCUGAAAACCAAAAAUUGGCGGCAAUUGUUAGCAAGUGUGCCGAUUAUGACACUUUAAAGAAAAGAUUAUCGGAUCUUGAACAAAAUUCGGCUAAGACAUUAUCCAAUAGAUUAAUCGCCAAAGAGAAAGAAAUUACAUCCAAAUGGGAAGAAAAGCAACGUAAUUGGAAUAAUAGAGAGGACGAAUUAUUGAAACAGUUAGAAACGUUGAAAAAUACCAAUAGCAUCUUGGAAAAGAAAAUAGGUGCUCAGGUCGAUUUGGAGCAACAAGAAGAUGGCGAUGAUGACACCGUUCUCGUUAGUGGAAAGAAUAGCGCUCAAAGUGAGCUUCUGGUACAAGAACUUGAGGCUGCACAAAUUCGUAUCAUGAGUCUUGAAUCACGUAAUGAAGAAUUAAAUUCUGAGGUAACCAAAUUGAAGAGCGAUGAACAACAGGAUUCCAUAUUUCAAGAGAAAGAGACUAAAUUGAACCAAUUGGAAAGUGAAAAUGCUAAAUUGGUUACAUGUUUAGAAGAAGAACGCAAGAGUUUGAAGGAAACAUCCCAAACGUUGAGCUCACAAUUGAAAUCAUCUGCACUUGAAACGCAGACUUAUAAAUCGGAAUUAGAGACAUUGAGACGCAAGUUAACGAACUACUCAGAUUAUGAAAAAAUAAAGCAAGAAUUGAAUGCCAUGAAGAAGAUUGAAUUCGGAACCAGUGAUGACAGUGACAACGAAAACGAUGAUGGUGAUGACUCUAUCACCAGUUCAUUGAAACAUGCGAACCAAAAACUCCAAAAUAAUUUGGUGAAGGCCAAUACUGAAAAGAACAAAUAUAUGAACGAAACCCAAACGCUCAAGAAAAGCAUAGAAGCUUUAUAUUCUAAGAUUCAAAAUCUAGAAACUUUGAAUGCGAAAUUAGAAGCAGACAUUGAGAAGGUCGAAGAUGUAACGAACCAAUUCUCCGAUACACAAUCAAUGAUGUCAGGGGCAACAAGGCAAAUAAGUAAUAGACAUGCCACUAACGAAAAACUAUCUCCUACAAGCUCAAUCAUUGGAAUACCAGAAGAAAAAGAACUAGAUACCUUCUCCGGCAAUUUUAACGGCUCUCCAUCUAUCCUACCAAUUGUCACCAAACAGAGAGACAGAUUCCGCUCAAGAAAUCUAGAGCUUGAAAGGCAAAUAAAGCAUUGUAACCAAGAACAGACGAAACUUAAGGUACAAGUGAAGGAAUUAAAGGCCGAUAAUUCCAAAUUGUACGAGAAGGCAAAGCUACUAAGUUCGUAUUCGAACAAUUCCGCAGUGCGCAAUACAGUAGAUUUGGAAUCUCCAUUUUCCGAAGAAUAUGAGGAGUCAUUACAUCCAUUAUCUAGUUUCAAAGAAAGAGAGCUAGAAAGAUACGAACGACGUAAGAUGCCACCCUUGGAAAGACUAUUCUUGAGUUUUGCAAAAGUUAUUCUAGCGAACAAACAGACAAGAAUGCUAUUCAUGUUGUAUUGCCUUGGAUUACAUGGAUUGGUGAUGGUGAUGACUAUAUAUGUCACAAGUUUCACCAACUACAUAACUCCAGACGUUAGCUCCUCAUCAGGUAGUAUGAUUAACACCAAUCAGUGA